AUCUUUAUGUCCGCGACCGUACGCGAGCGACAAGGUACAAUCUCGGCAGAAAGCGCAAGAAUGUCGAAAAAUUCGCGUAUCGCGGGAGCAAUCAUGCGACGACGGAGUGUACUGCAUACUGCACACGCUCGCGGAGAUAAAAGAAUGACUGUCUAGCCUGCCGUGAAAGAAAGCGCUGCGUUACGUGAAAGCGGAGAGGUUCUCUUUAUGAGGAUGCCUCAAAUCAUGGCAGAGGCAUUCGCGAGAGGACUGGUGGACAAGAUAAUGCUGGAAGUUCUGGACGUCAUAGACCGCGACACAGAGGACGGCAAAUCCUGGGAGCAGCCGGUCGACGAGGAGGCCGGCGACGGCCAGUCGGAACUCACGAGGACUCAAGCGCGUGAACGCACACGCGUGGGCUACAGCAAAGCCGAAGAGAUGGCGGCGAUCGCGCAGAUUGUUUGCGACCUGCGCGACAUACAGAUCGGAGAUUCGUGUUACGUGCUACCGCCGCCAUUGUUGGCACUCGAGAAACAGGUGAAAGACGCCGCGAGCAACAUCGACAGCGCGUCGCGCGCGAGCCAGUCCGAUGACGUCGUGGGGACGACGCGCGCGACUCAGGGUCAAGGCGACACGCAGCAGAUCGUGCACACGGCAGUCCCCGAGUCACCGGCCGAGCCGGCGGAGGCUGUCCGGAAGGAGAAGGAGAGCGGAGUCGUCGGAGAGGCGGCCAACGUGUCCGUCGGCCUGCUGCACCAGCUGAUCGCGGAACUGGAGAACAAGUCAACGGCGGCCAACGCCGCCAACAAAGCUGUCUCCGCUCCGACCAAGGAGCGUGUCGCGUGUUGGGAGGAGAAGGAAGAACGGUUCAUCAGGAUCAUCGAACGCACUGGAAACCAGCUGGAGACGACGACGGACGUUCUCGGAGCGAGCGAGUCGACCGACUACCUCCGUGACGUCGAGCUGCGACAUGAGGAACCGGCUGGUGAACUCAAGUCCCGGUCGAGCCAGCAAGCGGCAUCCACCUCGAGGGAAAACUGCCUUGAAGAGGUGCGGAUCGAGAGGUACGAGUCGAGCCCGCUGUCGGCGUCAAAGUCGCGGCGCGACGUCGUGGUGGAGGAGAUCUUGACGAUGGACGACGAAGUCGAGGCGCGAAAGGCGUCCGGAGAAGCGACGAUGACGAUGACUGCGACGAUGAGGAAGAAGAAGAAGAGAGGCCUCGUUGGGAGGCUGAGGAAGUUCUUUCGCGCAUUCUUCAGCCGGAAGAAUUGACCCGGAGGAGGAGGAGGA